AUGGCUGGGAUUCUUUUCAAAGCAGGCCUUGCGGCCGUUGUGCUUGCUGUCUUCUUCCAGAUCACCCUCAAAGAGUCCGUAUGGCUGGGUCUGGGCAUCGGGAGGGUGACUCAGCCGAUAUCCGACUUUCCCUACACUUGCCGCAAGAUUGUCGACCCGAGAAUGGAGGCUUGUGAGGAUAUGUGGUUGUCAGAGUCUACGAGACAGUUGUUUCUUGCUUGUUCUGAUCCUCUCGCACGACCUUACUGGAUGCCAAACGCCGGCCAUCUCAACGUCUCGACGAUUUCCCAAAAAGACUCAAUCGUAGCCCUCAACAUUGACAAGCCCGUCGAAAACAGUUUCAAGUUCCGAACUCUCAAAACGCCGGGAUUCCCCGGAACAGCCGGGGACGGAAAGCUCCAGCUGGUCGGCUUUACGGGCAUCGAUAAUCCCGAAUCCGGCUCCAUCGACCUGCUCGUCGUCAACAACGGACCUUCCGUGGACGCCCAAGGAAAGCUUGUGGAUCAGUAUGCUAAUGGUCCUAAUUCCACUAUUGAUCUUUUUGAGACGGGACCUGAGGCUACUGAGCUGAAGUACGUUCGGACUUUUGUCGACAAGAAGAUUGCCACUCCCAACCGUGUUGCGGCUUUGAGUCGUAAUGCUUUUUAUGUUACCAAUGAUCAUGGUCAAACCAAAGUCGGCUUGAAAUACAAUCUCUCCCCCGUCUUCAAAAACGGCGACGCCAUCUUCUGUGACGCCGAAACUGGCUGCAAGACCGUCGCCCAAGGUUUCAAAUGGCCUAACGGUAUAACCCGUGACAAGAACAACCUAAUCUACAUCCCAUGUUCCUUGUCUGGAACAAUCUUCAUCUACCGCGUCCUUCCCGACAACACCCUCGAAAAGGUCGACGAGGUAAAGACCGGGUACAGCAUGGACAACCUCUCUGUCGACGCCAACGGGGAUAUCUGGGUGGCUGCUUUUCCUAUUGGAUUUGCUAUCUUCAAGGCUUAUGAGGAUCCGUACAAUUACGUUCCUCCUGCUACUGCCCUAAGGGUUAGAAAGGUCGAUGGGAAGUAUGUUGUGGAUAAGGUGAUUGAGGAUGCUGAGGGCGAGUUUCUUCCUGCUACUACGACUGUUGUGCACGAUGCCAAGACUGGCCGGCUCUUUUUCAGUAGAAUAGGUGUUAUUUCGCCUUUCAUCUCGGUCUGCGAGCCAAAGGCCCAGAACUAA